AUGAUUCCUCCCUGCGAUCCCUCUAUUCUUGAGCACAAUCCUCAAUUCAAACGACUAUAUGAGAAUUUAACAACCUCCCUCCUCAAUCCAGAUGCCUCCACGCGGGCUCAAAGCGUGAGCCCAGCCCGCACAGCUGUGGUAGAAGAGCUGAGGCAAUGCCAGACUGGCAAUGCCAAAAAGCGUAUCAAAGAGCAAAUGCUCCGGCAAUUGGCUUUCGCCCCGGACAGCAACCUUCCCGCGGAGUGCCACGAUAAUCUUGCUAUAAUAACCCUCUACCUAGAGACCCCAUCCAGCGCAAUCGAACCCACCACCCCAAAGCCAGAAACUGAAUACAAGAAACCAGACGAAGCGCUUACUCUCCUAGCACCAGACAUCGAAGCCUUCUACACCAACAUCCCAGCCUUCAUCUUACCUCUCUCCAAAAGCCUCUCAUCUGCCGUUCAAGACCUACGCGCUCUAUCAGCCCCAAACACGGACCCGGCCACCGCGCCCGACGCAGACGUCUCAGCCCCGCAGCACUCGAAUCACAAUGCACGCGCCCGAGCGCGUGACCGUCGAGUCCGGACCUCGAUGGCGCCAGUUCCAUCCCUUUCGUCACAGCUGCAGGCGCGGGUGCGUGCGUUGCGGCACACACAGCUGUCUGAGCUGCGAGUCGCUCGGCGGAAGAUGGCUGCUACAGCGGCGGAGGUUGUCGCCGUGCGGGCACGAGUCCUAGAGCGCACUGUUAUGAUUUUGGAGCGGGCGAAACAUGGGGCUUUGGCGCGCGCGACGAAAGCUAAGGCGGAGCAUUUGGCUGUUGUCGCUCAGGGCGUGGAGGGGAAAUUAGAGGUUACGAAACUGGAGAUUGCGGCUACGCUUUAUACCCCGGAAACACUUGCUGCUCUUGCUCGGUAUAGGCAGCAUCUGAGACAGACGAAGGAGCGUUUGCAGCACCGCCGGAAGAUGACGAUCCAAGAGCUGAGGGCUUAUGGCGAUGUGGAGAUGUCUGACCCGGCUACUGAUAUCGAUGUCGAUGAAGGAUCUUUUGCGGAUAUUGCUCGUCGGUAUGGGAUUCUGGCAAGAGAGAUUGAAGAAGUUAAGAUGGAAAUUGCACGAUUAGAGAAUUGA